UCGAAUACAGGGAAGAGAUGGACGGUUUGAAGGAGCGGGUUCGAGUUCUAGAGGCAAUUCUUUCGGAAUUACUCGAUUCCAAAAAUGCCGAGCCGGAGAUUGGGGAUGAGUAUUCAAUUGAAGAGGAUCUGUCGUCGUCCUUUGGAAACCCGGGCACUCCAGGAUUGGACAUGAACAGCGCCCCCUCACAGAUGUCCAACGAUAAUAAACCUCACCUCCAGGAGGUGCUGGUUCCUCACCAACCGCUGCCACCGCUGCGAGAGGUUACACCUCAACACACGACUCAUAAUAUCCCGUACAUCGAUCCUGCUACGCUACCUCGCAAUGACCCGUUUCAAGAAGAUAUGCUUGCACCCGAUCACAUCAUGGUGCCUUUGAACGAAACAGCCAUCUCACAGAACACGAAACCCGAUAAAGAUGAAAUCCCUCCUAAGAAACCAUCGUCCAUCACCAGCACGAGGCAAGGAAGCAGCAGCAGUAGCAGCAGCAUUAGCAGCGCUCUUCUUGUAGAUGAAGGAGGGGAACCAGAUGAUGCCAUCGGUGUCUCUAUCAACAGCGAUGACACAGUUCAAGACACGAGCCCGCCAGCAGAAAACGACGGACAGAGUGCAGCACACUUCCCCGAUGUCAUCGAAGUCGCAACCGAAUUCCCUGUUGAACAUUCGAUGACUUCAACGAUUGAGGGCGGGUCGUACCUCAUCUAUAGCUCCAGCGAUGGCGGUGCGGACGAUGUGUUCCCCGACAACGGAGAAGAAAGCGAUAGUACCGACCCGUCUCAGGUCCGUACCGAGGAUCAACCAAAGCGACAGGGCGGCAAAAACAGGUCACCUUUCAUGAACACCAUGACGUCACAGAAUGGACACAGUGGGGACCUAAACAAACCAAGGUGGAAGAUUUUCAAAGAGCUAAUGGACCUAAAAACCCUGCGUGGAACGGUCGACGGAAAGCGCCCUCGUCCCAAAGGCAAGGGGAAACCUAACAACUGUAUCCUUGACGGAUGCCUGUGUCUCAGGAAGAAAGGCUACACAGAAGACGGCAUUUACUACAUAGAAAACUUUGAGGGUUCUGGCAGGCGAGGAAAACACAUACGGCUGUUCUGUGACAUGACUACAGAAGGUGGCGGAUGGACGGUCAUACAACGCAGACAGAAUGGGACUACGAACUUCUACCGAGGUUGGGAUGACUACACCAAAGGCUUUGGUUACCUUGAUGCUGAUUUCUGGAUCGGAAACACCAUGAUAUACGCCAUCACCUCACAAACAAGAUUCAUGAUCAGAUUCGAAUUCACAGAUUGGGAUGAUCAACUGGGUUACGCAGAGUACAACAGCUUCCGGAUCAACGAUGCGAGUGAUAACUUCCGGUUGGUCCUCGGUCAGUACAUGGGAGGCAACGCCGGGGAUGCCAUGACAUAUCAUAACAAUACGCAGUUUUCUACGAGGGAUCGUGAUCACGAUUUCUCUAUCGGCAACUGUGCCUUCCUCCGCCAAGCCGGUUUCUGGUUCCGCGGCUGCAACAAGGCCAAUCCCAACGGUCGCUGGCUCGCCCGGGCAGACGCCCGUGGACUGAACGGUGCGGUAGUGAACUGGGGAACGUGGGAAGGUCACAAGUAUACUUACUGCCUCAAGUCCUUCCGGAUUAUGAUCCGUUCGCAGAACGCACUGAGUGCGAUGACGUCAGAAACGGAAGAGAGGAUGGUCAAUCGGGACGAACACCGCGGGCGGAACGUUGACGAGGCAACGCGCAGUGCUCGCAGACAAGAACGUCUCGAACGCCAACGCGGUAACUGAACGAACUCGCGGGUGCUUUGAUCACACGGACAGACAUUUCCGAUCCCCCGGGUCCGAUCCGCUUUAUAAACAGUAAUUAUGGUAAUGAGACCAAAUGUAAUCCUACACAGAGACAGAAGAAAUGGUAGAUCGAUCGUGAGGUAAUUAUGAUGUGAGAUGUGCCUGAAAAAAGUGAAGCUGGCAAAUCGGAGGCAAAAUGAGAGACUUUAGAGGAACGAAAUUGCUUGUUGCUGACUGAGACUGCACAUGCCGGAAGAACGUUAAUUUGUAUCGACAGAUACCGAGACAGAAAAUAAUAGUUUUCGUGCGGUUGAGUAGUAAUGGAUUCGACUAAUCAACUAAUUAUUAGAUAAUCGGAAUAAGUUUCCGAUGCUUUUUAUUCCUGUGUGAAGUUAAAUUUUAACGUAGAUUUAAAAUAUCACCCUUAAAAAUAUGCAUGAAAAACAAAUUUUAAAUUCGCAUUCGAUUUAAUUAAGUAGUUAUAAAUCAUAACACAAGUGUCCUAAGAAGCCCUAAUCAUUGUUUGGUAUUCCUUCGAUAUUGAUGUAUUGUAGUCAUGAUGUAUAUUUUAUAUCCAAAAAACGAAUGUUUCGUCUAGAAAUUUAUUUCUAUCCCACUGAGGGUUCGUAAAAACGAUGACGAAAUACCAUGGAAUUACAGUGUUAGUCAAUCUUCUAUGUUUACUUGUUUAUUGGAAAAUGUUCCUUAUAAACGUUAAGAUUAUGAAGUCUGAGUCAGUAUUUUCUCUUAGUCUCAUUUCUAAAAUCGUUCAUCUAUUUUGGUAAUUGCAAAUGUUGGAAUUCGACGAAUGUUUUUAAUAACAAGCAGUAGCAGAAUAACGCUAACCAUCGCUUAACUUCUUUGGUUCGGUUGGUUAAUGUUUUCUAUUUCUGUGGCAUGUUGAAUACAAGAUUUAAAAAAUACAUGUGUAUUUUGUUAGUUUGCUUACAAGGUAUUUUGUGGAAAUAUCGUAUAAAAUGCUCGUUAUAAAAGGCUGUUUAAGUUGCGCGUAAGUUUCGGGUGAAUUUCUAUGGGCAGCCACAAGGGCCAGUCAUAAAAGUGGAGCUUGUACUGCACUAAACCGGGCGUUUAAUUUUGGCCCUUAUGACUACCCAUAAAAAAUAACCAAAACUAACGCCCAACCAACACAGCCUUUUAUAGCAAACUGUAGAGAAUCUGCAGUAAUGGUAAUGGGAAUUAUACGGGAUAAAAACAGCUUUUAGCAGCCGAUCGGGGAAAUUUUGAUGAAAAUUCCGCAAGCAAUGCUCCUCCCCCUCCCGCUAUUGGUGAUAGCUGGAUCCGUCAAGGUAUUAGGUGUUUGUGAAUGAUACAAUCCGGUGUAUUUUGAUAUAAGGCAAGUCAAUCCUAAAUGAGAUGUCAUAACCAACGAAAUCACAGGUGUAUAAGGUACUGCGUGUUUGAUCCGCUAAUCGGCCACUCUGUCAUCUUCCUGUUUGGUUUCAUCCCACAAUAAGGUUCAGUCUAAUCCUACUGUUUGUUUUUCAUUUUGCCCAUCCAUAAUUUCUACACCGAGUAGUACCAAAUUAAUUGACUCGGAACAAAACUGACUCCCACCUGGCGCCAUUCAUAGUCACAACUGACAUGAUUGACUCCAUAGAAAUAUCAAGGUUUCGCAAUGAAUAUCCUAUUGUCGUUUAUUUCUUUAUAUAUUUUUACAAACGUUUUAAUCUGCAUGUUGUAAGAAUACAUUGCAAUGUUUCUGCAAAGUGUUGACGCCUUGAACGUUCGUUGGUAUAUAAUAUAUUGGCAUCUUUCCGUACACCACGCCGACUUGAUUAAAAUCUUAAACUAUAAAAAUUGGAAAGUUUAAUA